AAUAUAAGGCCAAGAAAUCUGUCGCUUAAACAGUUGAGUUUCUCAGCUCAGUAAGCUAGUCUCAAUUCAGAUCGCUUCUAAAAAUGAAUUCCAAAUUCAGUUUGUUAAUUUUGCUCGUUGUGUGCAUUGCUGGUUUGGCGUCGGCAAAGCCACAGGGAGGCUUUUCCAGCUGUGAAGAGAAUGAGGUAUUCACAAGUUGCGGCACCGCUUGUCCACAAACGUGCGAUUUGAGAGAUGCCGAAAUCGUUUGCGCAGAUGUAUGCGUUGUUGGCUGUCAAUGUAUUGAUGGCUAUUUGCGGAAUGGUGAAGGAAAAUGUAUUCCAAGUGAGGAUUGUUGAAUGGCCCACAAAUUAUAAAAAGCCUUCGCUUUACGUCAAUACGGCAGUUUUCGAUUUCAAGUUAUGUGAAUUGUUAUAUUAAGAGUGUUACAAAAGUAAAACAAAAAAAAUAAAAAAAAA